AUGGCAUCCGGUAUCCACGAAUCUCAGUCCACCACCAUUGCCAAUGGUGUCGAAUCACUGAAGAUAUCGAAACGCAAAGUAGCCUUGAUUACCGGAAUCACUGGCCAAGAUGGCUCUUACCUUACCGAAUUCCUUCUUGAUAAAGGAUAUGAAGUCCACGGUCUGAUUCGUUGGUGUUCGAACUUCAACACCCAACGGAUCAAACACAUCUACUUCGACCAUCACAACGUUCACAAGGCACGUAUGAAGCUUCACUACGCCGAUCUCACGGAUGCCUCUUCCCUCUGCCACUGGAUGAACACCAUUUCCCCCGACGAGAUCUACAACCUCGCUGCACAAUCACACGUCGCUGUUUCCUUUGAGAUCCCUGAUUACACUGCUGAUGUCGUCGCUACUGGAUCUCUACGCCUUCUAGAAGCCCUAAGGUGUCACAUCGCCACUACAGGUCGGUGUCAUGUCAAGUACUAUCAGGCGGGUUCGUCUGAGAUGUUCGGAUCAACUCCACCACCACAGUCGGAAGAUACUCCUUUUCAUCCAAGAUCGCCUUAUGCUGCUUCCAAAUGCGCUGCUCAUUGGUAA